AUGGUGGUACUCAUCGCCAGUGGCGUCGCGGCCCGUUCGGGCAUCAUCUUCAGAGAUCCGCAGAAGCUAGAGACUGCUCGUAGUGUUACCGAUGUCGUCUUCGACAAGACUGGCACACUGACAGAUGACCAAGGUAUGCACGAUUACGCGCUCCCGGUACUCAUGACCCUCAUCCAGACAUUCCCUGGAGAUGGCAUACUAGGCAGAACAAGGGACUUCGGAGAUGGUAUUCACCUUGUACGAGCUGGCAACCCGGCCUGGCUCGGUAUCGACCGACUUACAAUGCGGCAUAACCCUGAGGAACGCGACCAUACCAUCCUUUGCCUUACUGUCGAUGGCGUCCGCAAAGCGGACCUCUUCCUUAGAUCGAACAUCCGUAGCAGCGCUAAAGCCACCAUCGAAAACCUUCAUAGGCGCGGUAUUCGCGUCCACAUGAUCACCGGAGACCACGAAGGCGCUGCCGCCGGCGUUGCUGAAGCGCUUUCCAUCCCAACCUCCCUAGUCGAAGCUCGGCUCAAGCCUGCAGACAAGAAGGAGUACGUCAACGCCCUCCAAGCUGACGAUAAAACCGUCAUGUUUGUCGGCGACGGCACCAAUGACGCCGUCGCCCUCAAAGCCUCCGCCAUCGGCGUGCAUCUCAACCGGGGCUCUGACGUGGCCAAAUCCGCCGCUGACAUCGUGCUCAUGAAUCCGCACCUGCUGGACGUCUGCGUGCUGCUCGACAUCUCACGGGCCGCGUACCGCCGCAUUAUACUCAACUUCGUGUGGAGCUUUGUGUAUAAUAGUAUGGCGGUGCUGUUGGCGGCGGGCGCCUUUAGGGUGUGGAGGAUUGAGCCUAAGUACGCGGGGUUGGGGGAGCUGGUGAGUGUUUUACCAGUCGUUGGUGUGGCGUUUUCCAUGAGGUGCCGGGGGUAUGGGAGGAAAUACAAAGGGAAGGUUGAGUAA